AAAAUGCUUCCCAAAGUGAGCUGCGAGAUCUGCUUUCAGAGUUCAACCUUUUGAAACAGGUGAACCAUCCUCAUGUCAUCAAACUUUAUGGAGCCUGCAGUCAAGACGGCCCGCUGUAUUUAAUUGUGGAAUAUGCUAAAUACGGCUCCUUGCGCAGUUUUCUCCGGGAAAGUCGAAAAGUAGGACCAAGCUACGUGGGUAGUGACGGCAACAGAAAUUCAAGUUAUUUGGAUAACCCUGAUGAGAGAGCCUUAACAAUGGGAGAUCUGAUAUCGUUUGCAUGGCAGAUAUCACGGGGAAUGCAGUACCUUGCAGAAAUGAAGCUUGUCCAUCGUGACUUAGCAGCCAGAAAUGUACUGGUGGCAGAAGGGCGCAAAAUGAAGAUUUCUGAUUUUGGCCUCUCCCGUGAUGUAUAUGAAGAAGAUUCAUAUGUCAAGCGGAGCAAGGGUCGGAUACCUGUUAAAUGGAUGGCCAUAGAGUCCCUAUUCGAUCAUAUCUAUACAACACAAAGUGAUGUAUGGUCAUUUGGAGUUCUGCUAUGGGAGAUUGUAACUUUGGGAGGCAAUCCUUACCCAGGUAUUGCUCCUGAAAGACUCUUUAACCUCCUAAAAACAGGCUAUAGAAUGGAGAGACCAGAAAACUGCAGUGAAGAAAUGUACAACCUGAUGUUGCGCUGUUGGAAGCAAGAACCUGAUAAAAGACCAACAUUUGCUGAGAUCAGCAAGGAACUAGAGAAAAUGAUGGUGAAGAGUAGGGACUACUUAGAUCUUGCGGCAUCCACACCUUCCGAUUCCUUACUUUAUGAUGAUGGGCUCUCAGAAGAGGAGACACCACUCGUGGACUGUAAUAAUGCUCCCCUCCCUCGAACCCUCCCUUCCACAUGGAUUGAAAACAAACUCUAUGCUAUCCUCAGCAACAGUAUUCAACUGGGAGAUGUGAAACACCCAGUUUUUAACCUGAAAAGCCCUGCAACAACAUUGGUGUACAGCAG